AUGAUUGUUUUUUCAUAUUUGGCUCAUCGAAAUAUUCAAUCAACACGAGUUCUUGCCGAACAGCAAGCUGGUCGGCAAUUACGGAAAAUGACUCUAUUUCAUGUGGUACUUGUUAUCGUUGUCAUCCUUCCGUAUAGUAUAAAUAUGAUCUAUCUGCUCAAAACAGCCGGGGAUUUCAAAGUUACGAAUCGGUUGAUCAAUGAGAGCUUUGCUUCAACAGUUCUGGCAUUGUUAACCUAUGUGUACUAUGCUGUGAGUUCAUUCGUUUAA